CUGCAGGCGGCGGGAGAAACGGCGGCAGCUGGACGCGCGCCGCAGCAAGUGCCGCAUCCGCCUGGGCGGCCACAUGGAGCAGUGGUGCCUCCUCAAGGAGCGGCUGGGCUUCUCCCUGCACUCGCAGCUCGCCAAGUUCCUGUUGGACCGGUUAGGGGCCGGGAGAAGGGCUUGGGGGAGGGUACCCAGGCAGCAGCCCCUAGCCUCCUCUCCAGGGCCUGUCCUGCUGCUCUUUUCCACCCUCAGGUUUCUCACUUUACCAGGACGGCCUGUGUGACUUGUGGCCUGCGAGGGUCCUGCUCCCCUCCUCAUGGUCUCAGCGAAUAGCGGCCCUUAGGGCUGGCCCCUUACAUGUGUGAGUGCCCAGGGCUGAGGGUGGCUGGCCACCUGAGUCCUGACCUGCCUCUUCUCCUGCUGGCAGGUACACUUCUUCAGGCUGUGUCCUCUGUGCAGGUAGGUAGGGGGUGGCAGGGGGUGAGAGCCAGAGGGAAGAGGGACCGCAGGGUGACCCAGAAACACCCUCCUUUCAAAGGGAGCCCUGAGUGAGUUUGGGAAGGGUGGGGUGAGUUGGGGAGCACAGGGUAGUUCGAUGGCGGCAACCUCUGGGUGGGGAAGGGAGCAAUGUCUCAGGAUCUAGUGUGCCUAGGUUCUGAAGAAUGAUAAAUUGGACUGGGGCUGAGGUUGCCCUGGGGUUUGAGGGAACAGGGCUCCCUGGGUAUGGCUCUCCAGGGUGAGAGGAGGAGACUUCCCAGUUCAGCCUGACUGCUUCCCCCACCCCUCCAGGUCCCGAGCCUUUGCCUCCAAAAGGUCUGCAGUAUCUGGUGCUCUUGUCUCAUGCCCACAGCCGAGAGUGCAGCCUGGUGCCCGGGCUUCGGGGGCCUGGCGGCCAAGAUGGGGGGCUUGUGUGGGAGUGCUCAGCAGGCCAUACCUUCUCCUGGGGACCCUCUUUGAGCCCUACACCUUCAGAGGCACCCAAGCCAGCCUCCCUUCCACAUACUACCCGGAGAAGUUGGUGUUCCGAGGCCACAAGUGGGCAGGAGCUUGCAGAUUUGGAAUCUGAGCAUGAUGAGAAGACUCAAGAGGCCAGGUUGCCCAGGAGGGUGGGACCCCCACCAGAGACCUUCCCACCUCCAGGAGAGGAAGAGGGUGAGGAAGAAGAGGACGAUGAUGAGGAUGAAGAGGAGAUGCUCAGUGAUGCCAGCUUAUGGACCUACAGCUCCUCCCCAGAUGAUAGUGAGCCUGAUGCCCCCAGACUACUCCCUUCCCCUGUCACCUGCACACCUAAAGAGGGGGAGACACCACCAGCCCCUGCAGCACUCUCCACUCCUCUUGCUGUGCCGUCCUUGUCAGCAUCCUCAUUGAGUUCCAGAGCUCCUCCACCUGAAGAAGUCAGGGUGCAGCCAGAGCUCAGCAGGACCCCUCAAGUGGCCCAGCAGACUGAGGCCCUGGCCAGCACUGGGAGUCAGGCCCAGUCUGCUCCAAGCCCGGCCUGGGAUGAGGACACUGCACAGAUUGGCCCCAAGAGAAUUAGGAAAGCUGCCAAAAGAGAGCUGAUGCCUUGUGACUUCCCUGGCUGUGGAAGGAUCUUCUCCAACCGGCAGUAUUUGAAUCACCACAAAAAGUACCAGCACAUCCACCAGAAGUCUUUCUCCUGCCCAGAGCCAGCCUGUGGGAAGUCCUUCAACUUUAAGAAACACCUGAAGGAGCACAUGAAGCUGCACAGUGACACCCGGGACUACAUCUGUGAGUUCUGCGCCCGGUCUUUCCGCACAAGCAGCAACCUUGUCAUCCACAGACGUAUCCACACUGGAGAAAAACCCCUGCAGUGUGAGAUAUGUGGGUUUACCUGCCGCCAGAAGGCUUCCCUGAACUGGCACCAGCGCAAGCAUGCAGAGACGGUGGCUGCCUUGCGCUUCCCCUGUGAAUUCUGCGGCAAGCGCUUUGAGAAGCCAGACAGUGUUGCAGCCCACCGUAGCAAAAGUCACCCAGCCCUGCUCCUAGCCCCUCAAGAGUCACCCAGUGGUCCCCUAGAGCCCUGUCCCAGCAUCUCUGCCCCUGGGCCUCUGGGAUCCAGCGAGGGGCCCAGGCCCUCUGCAUCUCCUCAGGCUCCAACCCUGCUUCCUCAGCAAUGAGCUCUCCUCCAGCUUUGGCUUUAGGGAGCCAGACUCCAGGGACUGAAAAGGAGCAAUGAGGAGAGGGUCUGCUUGAGAAUGCCAGAUGAUUGGUCCCCAGGAACUAAGGUGACAGAGUGCAGGGUGGGGGCAAGACUGGGCUGUAGGGGAGCUGGACUACUUUAGUCUUCCUAAGGGACAAAAUAAACAGAGUAUUUUAUGCA